AUCGCACGGCAAAUAAAAUGCAAUUUGUUUACAAUUCAAGUCUCUACCAAUUGUAAUUAUUGCCGUUCGAUACGAUGAAUUUUUUAAAUAGUCUCACUCAUUCAAACGCAAUAUGGAAAAAGUCUCAUACAAUUUCGAGGUCAAUACCGAAUUAAUUUCGUUUGGAUAAUAAUGUCUAUGCGAUGGAUUUGUCAGAAAUAUUUAAAAUCGAUGCGAUGCAUUCAAUAUUCAUACGAUGGCAAAACGAUUUGGUAAAUUUUCUAUUGCAUUUUUUAUAAUAAUUUCGAAUUUGGUUUAAAAAGAAGGGCGGCCGAUACGUUCAUGUUCAUUUGACUGUUGUCUGUUCAACCAUUCAUUACAAUUGUUGUUUGAUUUUCCAUACUACAUACUAAUUGAAGAGGCGAAACCAUCAAAGUAAUCUGUACUACUUAAAUUGUGUUGGUCAUUGUUCGGUUUGAAGAAAUUUAAUAUCAAGAAAGUCAUGAAAGCGAUGAAUUUUUGUCGUAUUGAUUGGAAAACUGGUGGAAUUGUAAUCGGUGUGCUCAGUUUAAUUGGUUCAUUUCCGGUUUCAAUUUCCGGUGACGUGUCUGUGUCUCUGCACUUUUUUAUCGUAUCGGGUUGCCUUCUCUAUGGAAUUUAUAAAGAAAAACGUGAUUUUUUGCUGCCUUAUCUGGUAGAACUUAUCAUUGUUCUGAUUGAGUCCUUCAUUUCGAUUGUGAAUUUCAUUGUAUUAAAACCAAGCGACGACAAAAGUUUUGAAGGCGAUGUGUAUAAAGUAUUGAAAAAACCGUUGCUUUGA